GACUUGGAUAACAUGAGCACCCAAUUCUACUUCGACGGUUAUCGAACGGAAUAUAUGAGUGAAUACAAGCCAGGCAGAUAUCACCCAGUGCACCUAGGCGACACGUUUCCUACGCGCGAUAACCCAAGAUACUGUAAAAGUCGACCUUACUGACGAAGAACUUGAAUUACAUAAGCCGGGCGCGUUUACCGUUUACCACCAACAAGUUAAUAGCCAUGGCUACUAUUCCUCCCCAGGCGAGGUCCAAACAGCUCCGAGCAUGCUUACUAUGCUCGAUUAUUCAACAUCCCAUGGAUUUUCGGAAGAAUGGUUGCCCAAAUUGCGAAGAGCUCAUGCAGAUGAAAGGUUCCCCUGACCGCAUAAGUGUUUGCACCACCACUUACUUUGAUGGUAUCAUUGCUGUCAUCGACGCAGAAGCGAGCUGGGUGGCUCGAUGGCAAAGAACGUCAAAGUAUGUUCGGGGGAUGUAUGCUGUCCGCGUGAAAGGUCGAAUACCAGAAGACGUAGAAGCUGAACUCGAGUCCCGUGGCAUCAAGUACCGUCCUAGAGACCAGAGUGAUCAGGAUUAACAUGCUUUACAGUGUUUCAUUUCGUUCUGCAAGUUGUUUUUCAGUUUACAUUAGCUUUAUCGUUACUAGUAGCAGAAUUAGUAGCCAAAUUCGUUACACAUCACAUUAUCUGCCUGCUAUAGCUCAUAGCACUACUGUAGCGCCCCUGGAAUUUGCCUGGAAUGAUCCAAAAUUGUAUGCGCCUUGGAGAGAUAUACACGUCAGUCCAACACUAAGUUAGUAAUUCAUGGCAACCAUAUGUACCUCGACAAUAUGGUAACCUCGUAGAGUAUGUAUACAAGAACAAGCGGGAAGUCAGCACAGGGUAUUAAUCCGUUAUACAGUAGAGUGUACAGAACUACAGUCGAUUCCGUAGCGCGGUCGUG